AUGGUCUUUCGUUUCAUAAGGGCAUUACUCAAUAACGAGAGGGUGAUCCAAGAGUUAUCAGAAUCAGCACCGAUUCGAGCACUUGCACGAGCCAUAGUGAGGGGUACAAAAUCAGUCGAAGGCAAAGUACAAAAGCUUGACAUAGGAGCAAAAGCAGAAGCAUUGAAGAAGAUAUAUGAGGAGGAGUACAAAAAAGCACUGAAGAAGUAGAUUUAGUAAUUCCGUGUGAUAUGUAUAAAGACCUCUAAAUGGAUGAGUACCGGUGGUGCUAGGUUUUAUAAUGGGC